AGCGCGAGGCCGCGGCGGCGUGAGGGGAGCGGAGCCCCGGCGGGAAAAGGGGAAAAAAACCGCCCGGGCUGAGGGGAAAACGGGACCCAUCUGCGGAGAGACAAUGACACCAAAUAAGAGCCCAGACACUUCCCUCAUCGACCUGGCUGUGAAGAUGAGGAAACAGGCUGAGACCAGGAAGGUGGUGCUGGCCUGGGGGCUCCUCAAUAUAUCUGUAGCAGGCAUGAUCUACACUGAGAUGACUGGGAAACUCCUAAGUACAUAUUACAACAUCACCUGCUUUCCACUCUGGUACAUUGAAUUUGCCCUGGCAGCCCUGUUCAGCCUCAACGCCCUGUUUGAUUUCUGGAGGUACUUCACCUACCCAGCAGCACCAGGCAGCUUGGUGACGAGCCCCAGCCAGCAGAUCGUGGGCUGGCUGCACAAGGCAGCCGUACCGGUGACGCCCCCUCGGGAGCCGGCGGCCAAGCGAGCGCUGUCCCUGACGCCGUCCCCGCCCGUCCAGGGCCAGUGUGUGCUCAGCUACAGCCCCUCGCGCUCGCCCAGCGCCAGCCCCAAGUUCCCCGGGGGCUGCCUGAGCGGCUACAGCCCCCAGCUCCAGGCUCUGGCAGGGAGCAGCCCUUCCCACAGCACCUCUGUCACCUACUCACCCGGCAGCAGCUACGCCAAGGUUUCCAGCUUCAGCCACUCUCCCAACGGAUCUCCCUAUUCCAUGAGCGUGGGGGCUGGGGACAGCGGGGGGAUCAGGUCUCACUACCGAUUCUCCCCCAUCCUGUACAAUAAUUCCACCUACAAAGAUGACUGUAUCACAGAUGUCAAAUCCCUGGACACCUUCCUGAGGAACGAGGAGGAGAAACAGCACCGAGUUCAGCUGGGAAGCUCAGAUUCCAGCUCUCCCUCCAGCAGCCCAACGUUUUGGAACUACAGCCGCUCCAUGGCAGACCACGCACAGAUCCUGAGGAAGUUCCAGUAUCAGCUGGCCUGCAGGUCCCAGGCUCCCUCUGCACACAAGGAUGAAGCUGAUCUGACCUCCAAGCAGGCUGCAGAAGAGGUUUGGGCACGGGUGACAAUGAACCGGCAGCUCCUGGACCACAUGGAUUCCUGGACAGCAAAAUUCAGGAAUUGGAUCAAUGACACCAUUCUGGUGCCGCUGGUGGAGGAGAUGGAGUCUGUGAGCACUCAGCUGAGGAGGAUGGGCUGCCCAGAGCUGCAGAUUGGAGAGGCCAGCAUCAGCAGCCUCAAGCAGGCAGCCCUGGUGAAAGCCCCGCUCAUCCCCACUCUCAACGCUCUGGUGCAGUACUUGGAUCUCACCCCGAACCAGGAAUACUUGGUGGAAAGGAUCAGAGAGCUCUCCCAGGGGGGAUGCAUGAGCUCCUUCCGCUGGAACGGAGGAGGGGAUUUCAAGGGCCGGAAGUGGGACACGGACCUUCCCACCGACUCCUCGAUCCUGAUGCACGUGUUCUGCACUUACCUGGACUCCAGGCUCCCUCCUCACCCCAAGUAUCCUGAUGGCAAAACCUUCACUUCCCAGCACUUCAUCCAGACUCCAGAUAAACCAGACACUUCAAACGAAAACGUGUUCUGCAUCUACCAGAGCAGCAUCAACCCACCCCACUACGAGCUGAUCUACGAGUGCCACGUGUACAGCCUGCCCAAGGGCAGGAACAACAUGUUCCACACCUUGCUGAUGUUCCUGUACAUCAUCAAGACAAAGGAGUCUGGGAUGUUGGGGCGUGUAAAUCUGGGUUUAUCAGGAGUCAACGUCCUGUGGAUCUUUGGGGAAUAAUGGAACUGUGACUCAAACACCAGGAGAAUUAAAGCUCAGCUUUGUGCAAGACGGAGGAAGUGCCUGCACCUGCCCUGUGGAUUUUGUCGAGGCUUUACAUGGAGUAUUUCACUGUGGGAAUGCUCCUGUGAAAGAAUUCCAGGCAGGAGUUCUCCUUCCUGCUCCUCACCUCCAGCAGCCCUGUCAGACUGAGCUUCCCUGAUCUCAGACUAAACCAAACCAAGCCUCCUUUGAAGGGGCAGCUGCAGCCUCCCCAAGGCUGUGCACAGCUCUGAGCACUUGGAGGGAUAAAGCAACUUGGACAA